CCGAGACAGUCUUGUAUCCCAGGCUCUCCUCGAACUCGCCAACGAGGAUAGUCUUAAACUGCUGAUCCUAACGCCCUAUUAUUGGGGUUACAGGCAUGCCACUAAACUUAGUUUAUGCUGAGCUGGGUAUGGACCACAGUACAUGCCUGUUAGGAAGGCACUACCAGCUGCAUCCCCUACCGCGCGCGCGUGUGUGUUUGUAACAGAAUCUUGGAAUGUAACUUAGACUUGCUGUGUAGAUCAGGCUGGUCUCAAACCCAAGGGCUUUCCAUUACCUCGUCUUCUCCAGAAUGUAGGGAUUUUAUAGGCAUGCAUCACCGUACCUGAUUGUGGCUCCUGUUACAAUUUUUUUUUUUAAUGCUGGAGCCUUGAACUCUCCGUCUUCUGCCUUGGCCCCAAAUUCCAGAAUGGGGCACCACAUCCAGCUAGUGGACUGGCACUUUUGUGGGUGUUAGAAGACAAGAAAUUGAACAAAAAGGGUUCGGCUUCAUCAAGCUCACCGCUUUAAUCAUGUUUCCUUAACAAAGACUGCUAAGAAAGGCUUGGAACUGAAGCAGAACCUGAUAGAAGAGCUUCGGAAAUGUGUGGACACCUACAAGUACCUCUUCAUCUUCUCUGUGGCCAACAUGAGGAACAGCAAGCUGAAGGACAUCCGGAAUGCCUGGAAGCACAGCCGGAUGUUCUUUGGCAAAAACAAAGUGAUGAUGGUGGCCUUAGGUCGAAGCCCUUCUGAUGAAUACAAAGACAACCUGCAUCAGGUCAGCAAGAAGUUACGAGGUGAAGUUGGCCUCCUCUUUACCAACCGCACCAAGGAGGAGGUGAAUGAGUGGUUCACGAAGUAUACAGAAAUGGAUUUUGCUCGAGCUGGGAACAAAGCAACUUUAACAGUGAGCCUGGAUCCAGGGCCCCUGAAGCAGUUCCCUCAUUCCAUGGAGCCACAGCUGAGGCAGCUGGGCCUGCCCACUGCACUCAAGAAAGGUGUGGUGACCCUGCUAUCUGACUAUGAAGUAUGCAAGGAGGGCGAUGUGCUGACUCCAGAGCAGGCCCGUGUCUUGAAGCUUUUUGGGUAUGAGAUGGCUGAAUUCAAAGUGACUAUCAAAUACAUGUGGGAUGCCCAUUCGGGAAGAUUCCAGCAGAUGGAUGAUGACCUGCCCGAGAGCGCACCUGAGUCUGAGGGAGAGUCAGAGGAAGAGGAUGACAGCUGACUCUAAGAUGUGGGACUAAGGCCUUCUAGCAAGUUCUUCAUAUCUAUUGGACCACCAGGACUGCUGUCGCCCCUCUGGAGGGAGCAGCUAUCUAUUUUGCUAUAGAUAAAGACAAGGGAGGGUGCUGGGGCAGGACUUUGUUUCUACAAAGAAUAAAAUUUUGUCCACGGGGUUUUCCCUGUGGACAGCAGAGACUUUUCCUAGGAAGAAGGCCUUCAGCUUUGUGCUUCUGUUUGGGGCCUGCACGGCCUGGCUCCUUGACAGCACAGCACUGCAGAUAGCUGACAGCAGCCUGCAGAGUUGGGUGUCCUCUCCAGCCCUUUGUCUGGAAUGGAUUUGCUGAGGAAAGUUUAGUGCCCUGACAACUUCAUCGCUUAUACGUGAACAUGCACACACACAGAUGCACAAACCAGGGCUAAGCCUGACACAUGCCAGGAAUAAGGGCUUGUCCCUAAGGCAGGGGAAAGCCACUGCUGGAGUUGGGAGCAAGUGGUUUUAUUGACUCAGACGCUCUCACUAUGUAGCACAGGCCGGUCUUGAGCUUGCAGCAAUCCUCCAGCCUCUGCCCCUGUAGUGCUAGGAUUACACCUGUGUGCAACCACACCUGACUGGCUAGCUGUGUUCCACAGGAGGGGAGAGCUAUAUGAACUCAGUGGUAAAGCAUGUGCCUGCCAUGCUUAAGGCCCCAGGUUCCUUCCCUAACAGCACACAGAAACUGAUGCAGGUUGUUUGACCUCUAGACCUUUCAGAUUUCCUGACCUCUGCCCUGGAGAAUUUCAAGUGCAGAGAGACUACCAAGACUGAAUAGAUGGACCUUGGGUCUUCACAGUCAUAAACAUAAAACCCAGGACAAGCCAGUGUGUUCAUGCCUGUAAUUCCAGAGCCUCAGGAAGCUGAGGUAGGAUUAAAGGUUUAAAGUCAAGCCAGACAAGGUAACAUACACAUUUAGUCCCACUCCUGGGGACUAAGAAGAAAAAAGUUUUGAUGCCAGUCUGCUCUACGAGGCUGAAAAAAGCCAGGCAUGGUACAUAUUGCCAGUGACCGUGUCAGAGGAACAGUGGGUGGCAACUGACUUCAGGGUGUCAGCCCACCAGGAGGAAAAACCUUGAUGGGUGAAUCUCAGUUGGGCAAGGCCCUGAGACCACAGACCCCAGAGUGUCUUUUGCUUCUACUGUCCCUUUACGUCUUUGCCCCUGCCAUCUUCUCUGGUAGCUGGCAUGGUGUGAAUGGGUGUGGGGAGAUCCCCACUGCCUGUAAUGUAGUGUGUUUUUCUCAUGGAAACAUCCAGUUUUACUGAGCAUUUUUAUCUGUGGAUUAUUAUGAAGAUGCUUCCUUCUUAACCUGUACUGUCUAAUUGAUUUUAAUAAUGUUAGUUUAUAAAGAGUUUGAUAAAUUUAAAAAAAUACAAGGAAAUGUCACACAGCUAAAGCCUAUGAGUUUCACCUAAGGAGCUGCAUAGAUCACAGUUCAGGUUAAUGAUUAAGGAAAACAAUUGAGUCCCCAGGAGCCAGGCUGGCUCUAAUCCUCUUAAUGCUGAAGGAUCCAGUCACAGGUUUCAGUGUGCAUCAUUAGCUGAAACAAAGCCUUAAAAUAACUUCAGGUUAGACCAGAUGUUUUGAUAAUAGCUUUGAGAUGAAAAACCCCAGAUAACAAUGUAACAUUCAGUGGUAAACUCAGUGGUAAAGCAUGUGCCAGGCGGUGGUGGCGGCGCAUGCCUUUAAUCCCAGCACUCCAGAGGCAGAGCCAGGCGGAUCUCUGUGAGUUUGAGGCCAGCCUGGGCUACCAAGUGAGUUCCAGGAGAGGCGCAAAGCUACACAGAGAAACCCUGUCUCGAAAAACAAAAACAAAAAACAAACAAAAAAAAAAAAAUGUAACAUUCACAAGGACACAUCACUGAGUUAGAGAUUCAUUAGGUUAGGGUCAAAAACACAAAGCAACCCAAUAGUUGCUAGUUGAUACACUUUCCUUGCUAGGUUUGGUUGGCGAUCAAAGGUGAUGAUUAAUUUCUUGUGCCCAUUUUUGCCCUCAAUCUCCUGAUAGAAGAAACUAUUGAUGAGUGGUUGUGUACCCUAAAAAUUUGAAGUAGAGCAGACUACUUCUUUCCACAUAUAAAAGUUGAGGUUUGUGAUUCCUUUAAUAUUCCUUAUCUACCUUUUAAGAUAACUAAUAAAGUGUUGACCCUUUGUAACUGCAAAAUACAGCCUGCCAGUAAAAGACCUGACUGAGAAGGAAUAACUUGCUUGCCUACACGGUUAAUUUAUGACAAGAUGCUAGUGUAUGAAUGUGUGUCGGUUCUUGGGAUAAUUUGUUUUUCUUCUGUAAUAGGAAAAUAUUUAAUCAUGUAAGGGAUAUGGAAAACAUGCUGUUUUUUACUUUCAAUCAUUCACUUGAAAAACAGAAUGUAACCACAUUGUAAUUUUGAUAUUGCCUGAAAGAUUUUGCUGGGUAUAUGAGCUACAAGGGGAAGACUAGAGAUAGAGUUAGAGAGAGUGCAAAUGGUUUAGGAGGAAAACAUCAAGAAUGAGAGUUAAAAUGAGUUCAGAGGAAAACAGCAAGAAUAAUAGAGUUAAAAUGAAUUAGAAGGAAAUCACCAAGAAUGAGAAGGAGGAAAUCAUCAGGAAAAUAAAGAGGAUGCAAAAGAAGAAUAAAGAAAAGAUCAGAAGGAAA